CAUCGGUACCCUGAACGCAGCACAUGAGGGCCUCACUGAGCAUGCGCCAGACGUGCUAGCAGCUAUAGUUAGCUUUGUGUAGUCUAAACAAAGGUAUAUUGCUUGUUUCACAUUUUCCCUUCCUUUCUGUGAACCAUCGACGCGGUUCGUUGCGUUACUCCAUUGGGCCCAUAGGUAACAGCAAAGGAAAAACGUUUAACUCGACUGCUGUCGUUUUAGCGCGUGAUGAGGCUAAUUUAGCCUCAGGAACGGCGACCAUCGGACAACGAGCUGUGUAGAGCCGGAGGAUGAUUAAGUUCGUGCUGAUGGUGAAUCGUCAGGGUCAGACCCGACUGUCCAGGUAUUACCAGCCCGUGGAGCUGAACAGGAGAGCAACGCUGGAGGCUGACGUGGUCCGCUGCUGCCUGAGCCGCAAAAAAGAGCAGGUCCCUGAAGUAAACACGACAUGUGGUCUUUAUACCUUGGAGCCACGAAGUGCAACUGUGCUGUGUUUGCCUACAGUGUUCGUUUGUGGAGUACAAAGACUUCAGACUGGUCUACCGUCAGUACGCGGCCCUGUACAUUGUGGUCGGUGUGACAGACUCAGAGCUUCUAUUACGUGCCACGUCUCACAGAAUGAGCUGUCCAUCUAUGAACUGGUCCAUAACUUUGUGGAGGUUUUGGAUAAAUACUUCAGUCGAGUGAGUGAACUGGACGUAUCCUUCCACUUGACAAAUUCCAGCUUCUUGAAGACUACUGGUUUCGUUUUGCAGAUCAUGUUCAACCUGGAUCGGGUUCACAUCAUCCUGGACGAGAUGAUCCAGAACGGGCACAUUGUGGAGACAAACAAGAGCCGAAUCCUCGCUCCACUUACUGCACUUGACAAGAUGACAAGCAGCUGAAACAGGAAGUGAUGCCAAAGCAGGUGGUGAUCGAAGGAUCAGAGCAAUGGGAAGUUUCUAAACUGCAGAAAGUGUGAAGCUAAAGCAUAAACCAGUUUUUAGCCGGACUCCAAGUCAAUAUAACCUGUACGGCCACAGACAGCAGGAUGAGUCUUCAUUUUAUACUUUGCAAACAUUUUAAUGAUUAUUUUUUGGAGCAUACACAUUUCAAAAUAUCUGUUUACCUCAAACUGCAACUUGAGUUAAAUAAAUGUUUAUAAUAUACAAAGAAAA